AUGGAAUAUUAUACAAAUAUUUAAAAUGAACUUAAAGAAAAGUAUAAUCAACACUAUAAUCUUUAUCAGGUACAAUACUAAUGUUAUAAUCAGAAAUAAUAAUUAGAACGCAAGAUUCUUUGUUACAAAUAAAAUUCAGAAGAUCCUCUAAAAUAUUAAUAAUGCAUUGAGAAUAUAAAUACUAGAAUGAAUAUGAAUUCGACUACACUUAGAAAUAGAUUUAAUUAAAUAGAAAUUGAUGAUAAAGAUUGUCAAACAAAAUGUUAUGAAGAUGUUAAAUGUUUGAAACAAUGUGAAGACUAAUCAAGAAUUAAAGCAUAAUAAUUAUAAGAAUAAUUUUAUAAAUUAAUGCUAUAAGAAAAUCCAGAAUACAAAAAAUUGUAAUGA